AUGAACAGACAAGCGAAGUGUAAAACGCCCCGCAGGCCUCCUCCAAAAAAGUUUCUCAACAACCAGAAAGACCCGGUUGGGGUGUACUUACGUGUGCGGCCUCUGAGCGCGGAGGACAAGGAAUGCUGCAUCGAGGUGAUCAGCAGCACCACCAUCCAGCUGCACUCUCCCGAGGGCUUCAAGGUUCACCGCAAUGGGGAAUACAAGGAGAUGCAGUACUCGUUCAAAAAGGUCUUUGGAGUGUCUGUAUCACAGAAAGAGCUUUUUGAAAGUAUGGCCAAACCCCUUGUUGAUGACCUGAUUCAAGGAAAAAAUGGUCUUCUUUUUACAUAUGGGGUGACAGGAAGUGGGAAGACCUUCACCAUGACUGGUUCUCCGGGUCUGGGUGGACUUCUGCCUCGUUCCCUGGACAUGAUUUUUAACAGUGUUGGUCCCCUCCAGGCCAAAAAAUAUGUUUUUAAGACUGAUGAUAAAAAUGGCAUGGAAAUUCAGUGUGAGGUUGAUGCUUUGUUGGAGCGCCAAAGAAGGGAGAACAAUUUGUUUGUUCCCAAAACGCCCUCCUCCAGACAAAAGAUUGAUCCUGAAAUCAGUGACAUGCUACAGCCAGAGGAGGCUUGUAAAGCAGACUGUGUGGAUGAGGACAGCAGCUACAGCAUCUUUGUUUCCUACAUAGAAAUCUACAACAACUACAUCUAUGAUCUCCUGGAGGACAGUUUUGAAGAUGCAAUCAAGCCCAAGUGGAAUGGUGGAGGCACACCUGUGCGCCAGAACACUGAGUUCAUACCGCCUCAGUCUAAAAUCCUCCGAGAGGAUCAGAAUCACAACAUGUAUGUGGCCGGCUGCAUGGAGGUUGAGGUUAAAUCGGCAGAAGAAGCUUUUCAAGUGUUCUGGAAAGGUCAGAAGAAGAGGAAGGUUGCAAACACUCGGUUAAACAGGGAGUCGAGUCGCUCGCACAGCGUGUUCAUCAUCAAGCUGGCUCAGGCUCCUCUUGAUGCCGAUGGUGACAACAUUCUCCAGGAUAAGAACCAGGUUACUGUUAGUCAGUUGUGCCUGGUGGACUUGGCAGGAAGUGAGCGCACUGGCAGGACGGGGGCAGAAGGCACACGGAUACGUGAAGCAGGUAACAUUAAUCAGUCGUUGCUGAAUCUGCGAACCUGCAUCGAAAUACUCAGAGAAAACCAAACGUGUGGCACAAACAAGAUGGUCCCCUACAGAGAUUCAAAAGUAACCCAUCUGUUUAAAAACUACUUUGAUGGGGAAGGAAAGGUCAGGAUGGUGGUUUGCGUCAAUCCAAAGGCGGAUGACUACGAGGAAACAUUGCUGGUGAUGCGGUUUGCAGAGAUGACCCAGGAGGUGGAAGUGGCUCGUCCCAUGGACAAACCCAUUUGUGGCUUUACUCCAGGCCGUCGCUAUAGAAACCAGGCCUUCAAAGAGGAGCUAUCAUGCAAGUUAGAGGAGCGUGGUGGCCCAGUAGACAAAGAUGGGACCUCCUCUGUUUUAAGAAACCUGGUGCUCAGCCUACCCCCUCUACCCUCCUCUGAGCUGACUGACCCAAAUGAUGAUGUCACCCUGCCUCGUCUCAUUGAAGCUCUGCGGAACAGACACAAGAUCAAGCAGCUGAUGACUGAAGAAUACAACAAAGCAGCCAACACGAUGAAGUUUAUGCUUCAGGAACUGGACUCGAAUGUAAGUUCUAAAGACUGUUUGAUUCAUGAACAAAAUGGCAGACUCUUGGAGAAAGACAAAGUCAUCCAGAACAACAAGACAGAGAUUGAACGUUUAGAGAAGAAGGCCAAGAUGCAGGAGCAUAAGAUCGACAUUUUGCAGAAAACGACUAAAAUCUACGAGGACGACAAGCGUUCAUUGCAGCAGGAGCUGGAGACCAGAGAGCAUCGUCUGCACAGGGAGCUGUCUGAGAGGAGACGCAUGGAGCAGCGCAUGCACGGCGUGGUCUCAAACACUCAGCACAAGUGGGAAAAAGAAUGUGAGAGACGUGUUAAUGCAAUGCAGCUCGAGAUGCAAAACAAGCUCUGGGUGAAAGAUGAAAAGUUUAAACAACUCAAAGCCAUCGUGGCAGAGAGCAAAACUCCUGGUCGUCCUGAUCCUCCACCGCGUCAGACCCACCCUCAGCGACCCUCCAGAGAGGAACGCCCCCCAACUAAGAGAUCAGCGUCACCCACACCUCUUCCAAGCCCCAUUGAGUCUCCUCAUGUCAGUCCAGUGAGAGAGCCGCAGGCAGUCAGAGACCUUAGAGUUGAGGAGGUUGAGAUGUUUGAGAUGAUUCCAAGAUCCUCAUGCCCAUCGCCCAGCAGCAGUACCUCAUUGUCAGUCGCUUGCUCCAUCUCUUCAUGGGAGCAGCGGUCAGAUCCAGACAGCAGGCAGGCUUUCCAAUCCCCUAAAUCAGCCAAGAGAUCCCAAACCCAGUCUCCAGCUCUGAGAGCCCAGUCUGCGACCCAGAGAACCAAUGCUCAGUCUCCAGACUACAGGCAGGCUGCUGAGUCUCCUAGAUCAGCUCAUCAUUCCCAGUCUCCAGCAGGUUCUUCAGUCAGCUUGUCCAAGAGAGGAGGGUGCUGCCUCUCUCCUGCUGUCCUAGAUCAAUUAGAGAGAAGCUACAGGACGACGACACCAGUGCGACCACUGCACCGUCGCUCCCGUUCUGCUGGUGGGGAGAAAUGGGUGGACCACAAGCCUGCAUCCAGCCUUGACUUGGGCACAGUCCUGCAGCCGGUCAUCCCCAAUGCCAUCCAGGUGUCUGCGCCCAGUGAGAAGGCCCUGUCCAAGUGUGACAAAUACGUGUUGACACACCAGGAGGUCGCAUCAGAUGGAGAGAUACAGACCAAACUUAUUAAGGGGGAUGUGAUUAAAACCAGAGGAGGAGGACAAGCUGUUCAGUUCACGGACAUUGAGACACUUAAACAGCAGCUCGCCUCAGCCCCAAACCGAAAAAGAAGGUCUUCUGAAGGAACUCCAGCCAACAAACAGCAAAUGGAUGGUGCUUGGACUGAUGUGGAGACGAGGUGCUCGGUGGCUUUGGAGAUGAAGGCGGGGUCAAACAUGGCACCUGGACAUGAGCAUCAUGGGAUUACAAAGUAA